AUGGCAACUGUAAAAGUCAAAUUCGGGGGUCGACUGUUGAAGUUGCAUCCUACUUCAAUGACAACUAGUAAUUUAGCUAUGAUUUUUAAGCUAGAUAUAAAUAGAGGAAUCUAUCUUAACUGUGAAGAAGGAGAAAUUAUUCUUCCUUCAGUUGAGAGAAACAGCUUGUUUGAAGUAGAAAACUUAGACAAGACAUAUAUCGUCAACGGAGGCGUUGGAAUGAUAGACGCAUGUGAGCCUGCAGCAACAGCCAAGCCAGAACCAUCAUCCUAG